AUGCCAAAACUAAGUAAACGACGAAGUAAUGUUGUAUAUAUUGUAUUUGUCAAUGAUGAUUACGUGGAAAUUUCAAGAGACAAUCAUGGUAGUACACAAUUAGAUUCAUUCUGCGAUAUGUUUCCUGCAAUUGAAAUAGAAACCAACGUAUUUGUCGCUCAUGCUCAUGCUUAUUCUCAGAAAUCAGCUGAGAUUAAAGCUUUGAUUCUGCUUUAUUUCGUUGAUUCUCAAUAUUAUAAAUUAACUGGAAUUGCAAAAAAGACUGGUGAUGAUCUUAUACGUUCGUAG